AUGUCGUCAACUCCUCGUGCACAAAACGGCAAUGCGCCGGUCCGGCCACCGGCGCGCCGUCGAAACUACUCUGAAUCCGAGUCCGAGUUUGAAGAUGCUCCUCCGGCCGUCAUGGCCCAAAGGCUCAAGCCGCUCUUCCCUGGGGAGUCCAGAUCCCUCUCUGGCAUCGCCCUGCGUGCUUUCUGCCUGGGCAUCGCCCUUGCUGCCAGCUUCAUCACCAUGGCCGCCAUCCUCAUCUUCACCGAACACCCCAUCUGGCGUGCCCCCUUCUUCCUCUUCUCCCUCGCCCUCUUCCACUUCCUCGAGUUCUGGACCACCGCGGAGCGGAACACGCUCAACGCCAAGAUCGACAGCUUCCUCCUCACCGCCAACUGGCCGUCGUACGCCAUCGCCCACGCAACCGCCACGCUGGAGUGUCUCUUCGUCAGCAUCUUCUUCCCCAACCGCUCCUGGAUCCCCUUCGGGCUUGGGCCGGUCCUCCUGGUCGCAGGCCUCAUCAUGACCAUCGGCGGACAGGUGAUCCGGUCCCUCGCCAUGCUGCAGGCCGGCGCCAGCUUCAACCACCUCGUCCAGACCAGGAAGGCCGAGUCCCACGUGCUCGUCACGACGGGCCUCUACUCCGUCCUCCGGCACCCGAGCUACUUCGGCUUCUUCUACUGGGGGCUGGGGACGCAGCUCGUCCUGGGAAAUACCUUCUGCUUCGUGGCUUAUGCGCUCGUGCUGUGGAAGUUCUUCCGUGAUCGGACCGUCACCGAGGAGGCCAACCUGAUUGUGUUCUUCGGCGAUGACUACAAGGAGUACCGGAAGCGCGUCGGGACCAUGAUCCCGUUCGUUCCUUGA